CCUCCUCCUCCUCCUCCUUCAUCCUCCUCCUCCUCCUCCUCCUCCUCCCCGCGGCCGGAGCCUCCCGGUGCCAUCCAUCGCUGGCCCCUCGGCCUUGGUUGGGGCUCCCCCUGCCCGCUGCUGCCCCACGGCGAGGCCCCGGGGACGGAGGACACAAGCGAGGUUUGGGGCUCCAGCGAGCCCUCUGCUUUCUUUUGGGUGGCUGGGCGUCCGCCAGGUCGGAGGUGACGAGAGCCCCGUGGAGGAUAUCGCAGGAGCCGGGACCGGGGUCGCCGCCUGCAUCCUUAUCUCACCCUCCGUGCAGAAGAGGAAAGGGUAAAGGGAUGCGAUAAUGCACACAUGGUCACUUCUGGGCUCGGAGGAACCGCCACCAGGAGCCUCCGACCCUGCCCAGGUAACGGGAAUAAUCCCGCUCUCCUGAAAUCGAUGCGGCGUCAGCUGUUAUAAGGCAGCGUGACGCGAAAACCGCGGCCGGCAGAGCUGAGGACGGAGUGGGGCGGAGGCUACAGGUGCAGCAAAAGGAGCAGGGCUGAGAGCUGCUGCGGGACAGGCGGGCUGCCCAGCGCAGGGGACGACUCCGGCAGUUCACAUCCUUGCUGGCCUUAAAGGUCGGACGACAAAGACACACAAGGAGGAGGUGCUGGAAAUGCAAACGUGGAAACGUACAGCACCGAGCGCAGCUGAUAAAGAGUGAGUUUCGGGCCGAAAAACAUUUGCUUCCACCAAGAUCUAUACCUGCCACGGGGGAAAAUGGGGUCCGCACGUAGCCAUCGAGGAGCGGCAACGCUUUGCUGACCGCCGAGGAGCACAGCCAGCGCCUGGAUGCACUUCGCUGGGCGGAGAAGCGCUGUCCAAACCCGCGGGCAGGAGGAAGGCUGUGGGGCAGCGGAGGGGCCAUGGGGCUGCGCUGGGCUCUGCCCCGCCACGGGGACAUCGGCGCCGGCUGCGUGGCUGGGCGCCUGCCCCGGGACUGAAGCACCGGGGACGUCGGGCAGCACGCCUGCCUGCUCCAGCAGCCCCAGCCCCACGCUUCGGCACGGCCAACAAGGCUUUGGUGAAGGAAAAGAGGAAAGAGGCUGAAAAAUGUAGCGCUGCUGCUCUCGUAUUAACAAGAAAAAGAACCCUUCUGUGUUUUGGUAGAGGUAUCUUCGCGGCGUUUGAAACAUCCAUGCAGUCUCCUCCACGCCUGGACUUUUCACCCGCUCUGAAACGUUUUGUGUGUGUGUGUGUGCGCGCGCGCGCUCACAUCUUUUCCUGCUGUGUUUGCACGUCGUCGUGAAGUCAUGGGCUCGCAGCGAGAGCCCCCCCCCAGCAUCUGCGAGUAAUAAUGGCGCGCUUUCUUUCAAAACGUGUCUGUAAUCUGGGAGUCCUUCGACUCUCCCGUUUUUCCGAGUGAUCGAGAGGAAAAAGCCAAAAGAGGACGGAGCCCGCGAUGGCCGAGAAGUGCGACUGCAUCGCCAGCAUGUACGGCUACGACCUGGGCUGCCGCUUCGUUAACUUCCGUCCCUUGGGCUUUGGGGCCAACGGGCUGGUGCUGUCGGCCCUCGACAGCAAGAGCUGCCGCAAAGUGGCGGUGAAGAAGAUCACCAUCAGCGACGCGCGGAGCAUGAAGCACGCCUUCCGGGAGAUCAAGAUCAUCCGCAGGCUGGAGCACGACAACAUCGUCAAGGUGUACGAGGUGCUGGGGCCGAAGGGGACCAACCUGCGCGGGGACUUCUUCAAGUUCAACGUGGUGUACAUCGUCCAGGAGUACAUGGAGACGGACCUGGCUCGCCUGCUGGAGCAGGGGAAGCUCGCCGAGGAGCACGCCAAGCUCUUCAUGUACCAGCUGCUCCGGGGGCUCAAGUACAUCCACUCGGCCAACGUGCUCCACCGAGACCUCAAGCCGGCCAAUAUUUUCAUCAGCACGGAGGACCUGGUGUUGAAGAUCGGCGAUUUCGGGCUCGCCAGGAUUGUGGAUCAGCAUUACUCCCAUAAGGGUUACCUUUCGGAAGGCUUGGUAACCAAGUGGUACCGCUCCCCUCGCCUCCUCCUCUCGCCAAACAACUACACCAAAGCCAUCGACAUGUGGGCGGCCGGCUGCAUCCUGGCGGAGAUGCUGACGGGAAGGAUGCUCUUCGCUGGCGGUCACGAGCUGGAGCAGAUGCAGCUGAUUCUGGAGACGAUCCCCGUCAUCCACGAGGAGGACAAAGAGGAGCUGCUCAAGGUGAUGCCCAGCUUCAUCAACAGCACCUGGGAAGUGAGGAAGCCGCUGCGCAAGCUGCUCCCCGAGGUGGACAGCGAAGCUAUCGAUUUCCUGGAGAAAAUACUGACAUUUAACCCCAUGGAUCGAUUAACGGCUGAGAUGGGGCUGCAGCAUCCUUACAUGAGCCCCUAUUCCUGCCCUGAGGACGAACCGGUGUCUCAGCAUCCGUUCCGGAUUGAGGAUGAGAUUGAUGAUAUUUUACUGAUGGAAGCCAACCAGAGCCAGAUGUCUAACUGGGACAGGUAUCACGUCAGCCUCUCCUCUGAUUUGGACUGGAGGCACGAUAAAUACCACGACAUGGAUGAGGUUCAGCGGGACCCGCGGGCAGGGUCGGAAUCCAUCGCUGAGGAAGCCCAAGUCGAUCCACGGAAAUAUUCACAGAGCAGCUCGGAGAGGUUCUUGGAGCUAUCUCACUCCUCGAUGGACCGCGUUUUUGACGCCGACUGCGGGAAAUCCUGUGAUUACAAAGUGGGGUCACCUUCUUACCUGGACAAAUUGCUGUGGAGAGACAAUAAGCCCCACCACUACUCGGAGCCCAAGCUGAUUUUAGAUUUAUCCCACUGGAAAAGAGCAACCAUAGCACCCGAAACUGAGCUGUCUCUGGAAGAAGAACCAUCCAACCUCUUUCUGGAGAUUGCUCAGUGGGUGAAGAGCACGCAGGUGGGUCUCGAGUGUCCCAGUACUCUUCCGGAGAUUCAGGAGCGGAGCCUGCCAUCUCCUCCUCACCACCUCCACCAGGAAACCAAGGAGGUGAACACCGAAACAGACCCCGAGUUUAACUUGGACGUCUUCAUCUCCAGGGCGCUGAAACUUUGCACAAAACCCGAGGAUCUUCCAGACAACAAGCUCAAUGACAUCAACGGGGCCUGCAUAUCCGAGCACCCCAGCGAGAUUGUACAAACAGAGGUGUACCAGAAAGAGCGAUGCAUCUUAAAAUGACGGGGACAAAAUCAGCAUUUUAUUAUGGUCACAUCCUCUCCUGGUUUGACGGGUUCCAAACAUGCCAAACUUUGAGCUCCUCCGAGGCCCCCGUGUGAGUACAAUCGGUGCGGAGAGAGACGUGAUGCCAGGGAGUAGCCGUGGUCGGUCAGCGGAGGGGCUGUGAGGGUGCAGCUAGAGGUAGAGUUUGGCCAGCAGGCAGAAAAUAACUCUUCAAGAAUGUCGAUGGUGAAAGAAUUUGACCACUUGGGUUUGUUUUUUUUUUUCUUUUCCUGAUUGGAAGAUAAUUUUUUUUUUCCGAGCACAUUCUCCUUGUUUGGUUUCUCCACGCGUACGUUUUUCCUUUCUGUUGUACCGGGCGGUUCUGAACUCUUUCGGAGACCCCAUCCGAUGUAUUUCAUGCAACAACCUGGUGCUGUGAGUCCUGUCUCAGGCAGCUGCCCAGCUGCCCAGCACGUUCUGGCAGCGAGGGCUGGACAGGAGCAGAGAGGUGGCGAUGGGAGCGGGAUGCUCCCUCUGCCACCACCACCUGUACAGACUCAGCAAGGGCACAUAACCUUUGCCAAAAAAAAAAGAAAAAAAAAAGGAAUGAAAGUUCCACUACUUACCUUCUGACAAAGCAGCUGUGAAGCAAAUACUACUUAGGAUUUGUGCAUCGCUUUAAGCAGUUAGAGCACCGAGUGUACUAAAUAUCAUCAUGCCUUUGCCUGACAGAAAUGUGUGCUUGUUGGCUAACAUCUGAACAAAACUAGCGGGAACCUCAGGUGGAUUAAAAAGUCACUUAGCCAAGUGAGUUGGAUGCUUUUUGUGCUACCCGUGAGGGAAGAAGGUCUCCAUACUUUGGUUCCCGUGGCAUUAGUUUCCUAACUGGCCAAGGUCACGUAUAAAAAAAUUUACAUUUCUCCAAGGCACUUUGCUUUCAGCUUCUCUGGAACACGCUGGUGUCAGCAGGCAAACAAGCGCGAUUUGUAAAUAGAUGUGAACGCAAACUGAUCUACUGUAACUUCUGUUUUCAUCCACACUUAUGAGCACCUUAAUAAUGAAUCAGCUAACAAGAGUUUGUAUAUGGAAGAAAUGUUCUAUACUUAUAUUUGACCAAACUCGGCAGUUUUUUAAAAUUGAAAACCUGUAAAUAGCGUUGUAGAAGCCAGUCUCCAUUUGCGCUGCCAUCGUGGCACUGUGCUCCCCAGCACAGUGGCUCUACUUUCAUUUGUAAAAGAGAAACUACUGUACCUAGUAACUCCAAGGUCUGUAUUUAACUAUUGUUCCCGUACGAAUUAUUUCUACCCUUUUAACAAGCGAACUACGAAAUGUUCUGAGAUGUGAAGAAAACUCGUGCGAGACUUGGGGGAAGGACUAACAGCAGCGCUUACUGUAUUAACCCUGGUUUCUGUUCUUGGGGGGGAAUUAGGGGCAGGUUUAGCUGUAGGAGAGCUUGUGCUAGGCUUUGAAAAGCCAGAAAGCUUGUUCUUAUCGUGAAACCCUCUCCUUACGCAGUCUGGAAAUGCUGCUGCUCCAGCAAAAUGGUAGCACGGGUGAGAUGGGCUGGAAGUCCUGGGGCGGGAGGCAAAGCGACCGGACUCCAGUCUUCGGAGGUCCCCCGCGGAGCUUCAGGCUGCUGCCCUGAAAGAGGAAACGAGAGGCAGAGGGCUCAGUUUGCAGUGCGUGACAUGAUUUAUAUACCUCAACUAAAGCUCAGCACUUUCACUGGUGGGGGGCAGCUCUGGGAUGAAGGAGCGGCCCCUGCCCGCGCCAGCCGCCUGUGCCGACCCCGCCGGGAGCACGCAGCCCCUCGCGGGAGAUGCACAGCGCUGCAGCCACAGAUGUCAGCCCCAAACCAGAGGUCGGCGGAGUUUAGACCUACAGGACGAGGUCAGCGAUGCUCAGAACUCUCUACUGGCGGGUUCAGCAGAUGCUCGCUGAUGCACUGGCCUGUGAAAUCCCCAGGGAUCAAACCACGUCAGUAUUUUGUCCCCGUGGGCACCCGUCGUCAGCCCUCCGAAACGAGAAGCCAUGUUCCACGUGGGUUGUUGCGUUCGGGCCGAAUGCCUCCACCAGAAGUGCGCGGGACUCUAUUUAUUAUGGCCGUGAAAGGAACAGGUUUGAAAAUUGUCUUCUGAGGAGCCAUUAUUUAACGUCCCAAAACGUCAGCGUCACAUGCCGGGAAGGGGGGAGGACGGGGGUGGCGUUAAUUUGUUACUUGAGCGUGCUCAGCCGAUCACAAGCCAGAUUUGUUUCUCAUCUACGACAAUAAAAUUUAAGGCCUGAGCCUUC